AAAGUUUUGUAUUCCUCUCAUUUUAGACGAUUGGAUCUGGGCUUGGAGCUGAAUAGCGGAUUUGUAUAAGGUUAUUAUUAGUCUUCUCUAUCAUUGUGGUGUUCAUAAGUUGGAGAAAGUGGUAAAGUCUGCUUAAGUAUGUCUGUUUCCAUGAGAGAUUUAGAUCCAGCUUUCCAAGGAGCUGGACAGAAAGCUGGUAUUGAGAUAUGGCGUAUAGAGAAUUUCCUCCCUACCCCCAUUCCAAAAUCUUCUAUUGGGAAGUUUUUCACCGGAGAUUCUUACAUAGUAUUGAAGACAACGGCGUUAAAAACUGGUGCAUUGCGCCAUGAUAUCCAUUACUGGCUUGGUAAAGAUACCUCUCAGGAUGAAGCCGGGACUGCUGCAGUUAAGACAGUUGAAUUAGAUGCUGCUCUUGGAGGUCGUGCAGUUCAGUAUCGGGAAGUUCAAGGCCAUGAAACCGAGAAAUUCUUGUCUUAUUUUAAGCCAUGUAUCAUUCCUCAAGAAGGUGGAGUAGCAUCAGGAUUCAAACAUGUGGUAGCUGAAGAACAUACUACCCGCUUGUUCGUCUGCAGAGGAAAACAUGUUGUCCAUGUCAAAGAGGUUCCUUUUGCUCGGAGUUCUUUAAACCAUGACGAUAUUUACAUUCUUGACACAAAGUCCAAGAUUUUCCAAUUCAAUGGAUCCAAUUCAAGUAUCCAAGAGAGAGCAAAAGCACUGGAAGUGGUUCAGUACAUCAAAGAUACUUACCAUGAUGGGACAUGUGAAGUUGCUACAGUUGAGGAUGGGAAACUUAUGGCUGAUGCUGAUAGUGGAGAAUUUUGGGGUUUCUUCGGUGGGUUUGCUCCGCUACCUAGGAAAACAGCUAAUGAUGAAGACAAAACUUAUAAUUCCGAUAUCACCAAAUUAUUUUGUGUCGAGAAGGGACAGGCAAAUCCUGUUGAAGGCGAUACAUUGAAGAGGGAGAUGCUGGAUACAAACAAGUGUUACAUUCUUGAUUGUGGAAUUGAAGUGUUUGUUUGGAUGGGAAGAACCACUUCUCUCGAUGAUAGAAAAAUUGCGAGUGGAGCAGCAGAAGAAAUGAUCCGUUCAUCUGAACGACCCAAAUCGCAAAUGAUCCGCAUAAUAGAAGGGUUUGAAACCGUACCAUUCAGAUCAAAGUUUGAAUCUUGGACUCAAGAAACUAAUACAACCGUGUCAGAGGAUGGUAGAGGCAGAGUUGCUGCUCUUUUGCAACGACAAGGAGUAAAUGUCAGAGGCCUGAUGAAAGCUGCUCCGCCUAAAGAAGAGCCUCAAGUUUUCAUCGAUUGUACGGGAAAUCUGCAAGUUUGGCGUGUGAAUGGUCAGGCAAAGACUCUCCUUCAAGCUGCUGAUCAUUCAAAAUUCUACAGUGGAGAUUGUUAUGUUUUCCAGUAUUCUUAUCCCGGAGAAGAAAAAGAAGAAGUUCUUAUAGGAACGUGGUUCGGCAAACAAAGUGUGGAGGAAGAAAGAGGUUCUGCAGUCUCUAUGGCAAGCAAAAUGGUUGAGUCAAUGAAAUUUGUCCCAGCCCAAGCUCGCAUUUAUGAAGGAAAGGAACCCGUUCAAUUCUUCGUGAUUAUGCAAAGCUUUAUCGUUUUCAAGGGCGGUAUUAGCAGUGGAUACAAGAAAUACAUAGCCGAGAAAGAAGUUGACGAUGAUACAUACAAUGAGAAUGGUCUUGCUCUAUUCCGCAUUCAAGGGUCUGGUCCAGAAAAUAUGCAAGCUAUACAAGUUGACCCGGUUGCUUCAUCACUGAACUCCUCAUACUAUUACAUACUACAUAAUGAUUCUUCCGUCUUUACUUGGGCUGGAAAUGUAUCAACCGCAACUGACCAAGAACUCGUCGAAAGGCAGCUCGAUCUGAUUAAGCCAAAUCUACAGGCUAGAGCACAAAAGGAAGGUUCAGAAUCAGAACAGUUCUGGGAGUUAUUAGGAGGCAAAGCUGAAUAUUCGAGCCAAAAGCUCACGAAGGAACCCGAGCGUGACCCUCACUUGUUCUCCUGUACAUUCACAAAAGAAAUUCUGAAGGUGACAGAGAUAUAUAACUUCACACAGGAUGACUUGAUGACCGAAGAUAUAUUUAUCAUAGACUGUCACUCAGAAAUCUUUGUCUGGGUUGGCCAAGAAGUAGUCCCAAAGAACAAGUUACUAGCUUUAAGUAUUGGAGAGAAAUUCAUCGAGAAAGAUUCUCUCCUGGAGAAGUUAUCCCCUGAAGCCCCUAUAUAUGUAAUCAUGGAAGGUGGUGAGCCAUCAUUCUUCACCCGGUUUUUCACUUCUUGGGAUUCCUCAAAAUCCGUUAUGCAUGGAAACUCAUUCCAAAGAAAACUUAAAAUUGUCAAAAAUGGUGGAACUCCAGUUGCAGAUAAACCGAAACGAAGAACUCCAGCUUCAUAUGGUGGCCGUGCCAGCGUUCCUGACAAGUCGCAGCAACGGUCAAGAAGCAUGUCGUUUAGUCCAGACAGGGUUCGCGUGAGGGGCAGAUCUCCAGCGUUCAAUGCACUUGCAGCAACAUUUGAGAGCCAAAAUGCAAGAAACCUCUCAACUCCUCCCCCAGUAGUUAGGAAACUCUACCCGAGAUCUGUUACUCCUGACUCCUCAAAGUUUGCUCCCGCUCCCAAGUCUUCAGCCAUUGCUUCUCGUAGUGCACUUUUCGAAAAAAUACCUCCCCAAGAGCCUUCAAUUCCAAAACCAGUCAAAGCAAGCCCGAAGACACCCGAGUCUCCAGCGCCAGAAUCCAACUCAAAAGAACAGGAAGAGAAAAAGGAAAAUGACAAGGAGGAGGACAAAUCGAUGAGCAGCCGGAUAGAAUCUCUGACGAUUCAAGAAGAUGCUAAAGAAGGAGUUGAAGACGAGGAAGAUUUACCAGCUCACCCUUACGAACGUCUCAAGACAACUUCCACUGAUCCUGUCUCAGACAUUGAUGUAACAAGGAGAGAGGCUUACCUUUCAUCUGAGGAGUUCAAGGAGAAAUUCGGUAUGACGAAAGAAGCUUUCUACAAGCUGCCUAAAUGGAAACAGAACAAAUUCAAAAUGGCUGUUCAGCUUUUCUGAGAAAUAAUCCUUCUUCUUCUCCACCAAAAGAUCCGCUAUAAGGAGAAGAUACAAGGGACAGUGUCAGUGCAUUUUAAGCUGCUUCUGCUCCCCAUGAGAAGCUUAAUACAUUUUUCAUGGCUUG